AUGUCGUCCUUCAAACGCAAAGUUUCUGCGAAGCAGGCCGCACCAUUUCCUGGCACGCGUACAUAUCUUUCCUCUACGAUCACAUCGACUGGCAUACCCUCGCUCGAUGACAUUCUAGGAGGCGGAUUGCCUCUAUCAUGUUCAUCAGUUAUCCUGGCGCCCGAUCCCCACUCUGCGUAUGGGGAGCUUGUCCAGAAGUACGCGAUCGCUCAAGGACUUGCUUGGGAUCACCGCGUCUGCGUGGUGGAUGGCGACCCCGACGCGUUUGUGCGCGGAUGCAUGUGGUUACCUCCCACGUACGAAUAUGCCAAGCCUACAAGCGCAGAUACUGACGAGGGGGACGAUGCCGGGAACGAUGGACAAGAUACUAUAAAAAUCGCCUGGAGAUACAAGCAAAUGAAGCAGUUCUCGACCACUGUCCCGGCUGAUGUCAAGGAUUCUGAACAGUUCUGCCAUACGAUGGACCUGACGCACAGAAUUCCCGAAUCUAUCGUGGCAAAGGCAACAAAAAAUGGCACGCUCUCAUUCGUUGAUAUGAAUACAGCGGACUCAAAGGGGCCCUCGACGACAAGGGUGAUAGACCAAUUAUCUGCUUUACUACAAGGCACUCCAGUAAACCCUCCCGCGGCAACUACUCGGCCUUUACGCAUCGUGAUCCCAGCGUUCGGUGCCUUCCAAUGGGGCGAUAUAACCAGCGAGGAUGUUUUGGUAUUCCUACACUCCCUCCGUGCCUUACUCAGGCACUAUCCGUUCGCAUGCGCCUCAAUAACGUUGUCUCCCCACGCAUCUACAGACGCAUGGGGUGGCGCAGGAUGGAUUCAGAAAAUCGGUUGGUUUUCGGAUGCUGCGAUCACCCUUUCGGCAUUUACGGGUGAUCCCGCAUUGUCGGCGGCAUUCCCAUCCCACCAUGGGUUACUCCAUAUCCACACUCUGCCUGCGCCACACACACUCCUUCCGCCGAGUGACAAAUUAUCAGUUCUUCGAGGACUAUCUCCUUCUGCAGUGUCUGCCGGAGGUGGAAGCGGCGAGAACAAUCUCGCCUUCAAAUGUACGCGCAAACGCCUUAUAUUCGAGACCCUCCAUCUGGACGUAGAAGGCGGGAUUGGAGAGCGCCGGACGACACCUUCGACCCCCAUGGACAUUGGAACCCAUGUCCAUGAGCAUAGCCCCAAUCAGACAGCGCCAAUCCCAAGUGCGUCCAUUGCCGCGGUGUCAGUGACGUUGGAGGCCAGCCCUGUUCCAGCCAUGCCCGGUGCGACGUCUCCAGAAGUUGAUGUCCCUUCCGUAACGAUUGAGAAGCCCAAGAAGCCCAAGAAGCGGGUGGCUUUUCAUUCAGACAAGCCGGAUCUCUAUGAUUUUUGA